CAUCAAACAUUUAUGAAUUAUUAUCUGGUUCCAUUUUGUAGAUCAUCACCUUACAUAGCUUUAAUAAAAAAUAUUAAAAGUUUGAGUAAAUAAAUAUUUUAAAAAUAGUUGACCCGUCAAAAUAUACAUAUCAGAAUCGGAGGUGAAGGAAUAGAUUGAAAAUGGAAGCGCUUGUAUGCAGAAAAUUGGGUGACCCAACGGUCACCGUGGAAGCCGAUAACAGCUCAAUCUUUGUAUCCAAGAAUCACCCAAUCCCUCAGUUGAAUUCUCCUACAUCGGUCAGAGUUAGGAUCAAAGCCACAAGCUUGAAUUUCGCUAAUUAUUUGCAGAUUCUCGGUAAGUAUCAGGAAAAACCACCUUUGCCGUUCAUUCCCGGAUCCGAUUUUUCAGGCAUCGUCGAUUCCGUUGGCCCUAAAGUUACCAAUUUCCGUGUUGGAGAUCCUGUUUGUUCCUUCGCCGCUCUUGGAUCCUAUGCUCAGUAUAUAGUUGUUGAUCAGAAUGAACUGUUUCGCGUGCCGGAAGGUUGUGAUUUGGUUGCUGCUGGAGCACUUGCUGUGGCUUUUGGCACUUCUCAUGUUGCACUUGCUCAUAGAGCUCAGUUGAAAUCUGGUCAGGUAUUGUUGGUUUUGGGUGCAGCAGGAGGUGUGGGUCUUGCAGCUGUGCAAAUUGGGAAAGCAUGUGGAGCCAUUGUCAUUGCCGUUGCUAGAGGAGCUGAAAAGGUGCAGCUCCUGAAGUCACUUGGUGUUGAUCAUGUGGUGGACUUGGGUAAUGAAAAUGUCAUUGAGAGUGUCAAAGAGUUCCUCAAGGUCAGAAGGCUUAAAGGGGUUGAUGUCCUGUAUGACCCAGUUGGAGGAAAGCUUACCAAAGAAUCUUUGAAGGUUCUGAAAUGGGGAGCUCACAUUCUAAUAAUUGGGUUUGCAAGUGGAGAAAUUCCUGUCAUCCCUGCUAACAUUGCUCUUGUUAAGAAUUGGACAGUACAUGGGCUUUAUUGGGGUAGUUAUAAAAUACAUCGUCCAGCUGUCCUUGAAGGUUCUGUCAAGGAGCUACUGUCAUGGUUGGCAAAAGGCUUGAUUUCCAUUCACAUUUCUCAUUCUUACAGCUUGUCAGAGGCCAACCUUGCCUUCUCAGCCAUCAAAGAAAGGAAAGUUAUCGGGAAAGUGAUGCUUGUAUUUGAUGAGAAAACUACAAGAUCUAAGCUAUGAUCUUGCUAAAACUAUGCUAUUUAGUUGAUGAAAUACUUCUGGGCACUCAAAACAUCAGAGGUUCAAAUUGGAGACCAAGGAGAUGCUAGAAUUAAAAGAAACCAAAUAAGGAGGAAUAAAAUACAAUAAGGUGCUAGCUUAGGAAGAGUUUAGUAUUGUAACUUAAGGUACUGAGUUUAAACUUCCUUGGAGACGGUUACAAAAUGGCCAUUAGUACCACUUAAUAAAAUUUUCUGUCCCUGUUUCUUUAA